AUGACUGAUUCAAAGAAGCCUGCAAGUUUGCCAUCAAAUUUACAAGAGCAAAAACCUUCUCGGCCUGAUACAGACCCACUGUCAAUGAAAAAUACAGGUUCUUCUAAUAAAAUAAAAGCGAUACAAGCUGAACUUAAUGAAUUAUUGUCAGAAAAGAAAAAAGCGGACGCUAGUUUGGCAGAGAUUGAAUUCGUCAUUUACAACUUCGAAGGAUCAUACUUGAAAGACACCCAUAAUGGAAGAGGAAAUUUGUUACGUGGAUUUGGCAAAGCACCAAAAAGUUCACUCGAUAAAAAUAACCAGAAAAUAUUCGAAAUCAGGGAGGAGGAUCGAAUUUUUUCUAGAUCUUCAAUGACAUUUGAGAAGUCUGUCGAGAUGAAGAAAUCACAAGGACCGAUCUCUCUUGAAAUUGUCGAACCCCAAGGGCAAUGUACCAAGCUUGAUACAUUAUACACAACAUUCUUUAUAUUUCUGCUUAGUGUCACCACAGCAGGUGAAGUCAUGGAUUACGCAUAUUUCGAGCCGUUAAAUGAUCAGAUGAAUUCUGAACAAACAGUAAUCACUACAAUAAAAGAAAAACACGAUCAAAGAACCCGCACGAGAAUACGAAGAACUAACAAGUGA